AUGAGCCCAGCUGAUAUGUACAGGUGGAAACUCUCCUCCCAUGAACCCUGCAGUUCUACCUGCACCACAGGUAAGCCUGAGGGGAUGAGCUCGGCAAGGGGCCCCCUCACCCCAAGAAUGGGAAGAGAGGAAGCAAAUUUCUAAAUCCCAUAGGCACAAACUGAAGCACCUGUUCCCUAUGAAAUCUGCGCUGCUCCACAUUUUGCAGUGCAGUUCUCUGAUCAAAGAAUAAAUAUAUAAAUGUGUAUGUUAGGUUUUUUUAUCACUUAAAAUGCACCAGCAGCAACAUUCUUGUCCAUAUUAAUUAAUAUAUUAACAAUAUUAUCAGUGGCGAUCAUAAUGAGCCUGGGAUCUUUUUCAUGCAAAAAGCAGAUGCUCUAAACACUGAGCAUUCUGUGAUUCUUGCAUUGCAGGGGAUUGGACUAGAUUACACUUGGGAGUAUCUUUCAACUCUACCAUUCUAUGAUUCUGAUGGUUUAUUUAUGUAUUUCAUUUAUAUCCCCUCUUUUCUUCCAAGAUGGUUCUCCCCCUCCUCAUUCAAUCCCCACAACAACCCUGUGAAGAAGAUUAGACUGAAAGGCAGUGACUGGCCCAAUGAGCUUUGUAGCCAAGUCAGGAUUUGAACCCUGGACUCCUAGGUCCUAGUCUGACAAUCUAACCACUACACCACACUGAUUAGUAUUACUAUAAGGUCCCUGGGCAGGCACACCCAUUAGCACAAGGACUGGAUUUCCUCCUGGGGCUACAUGCCAGUGUUAAGGGAGGAACAUAAACCAAAGUGGAUUGAGCAAUAGAUGCAACACUUGCCAUUGUACAGAAGGCAGCAUCCCAACCCGUGCAGAAUUCAGUUUCCGAACUCACAUCUCCCAAUCCAAGCAAACCAUUUGCAUUUCUAUUAGGUCCAUGGAAGGCACCUCUGGUGCAGUUUGGGCCACGAUCUGGCAAACUUGACAGGGGUCUGCUGGACUGAAAUGGGGGAAGGCUUGUACCCACCUAAUGUUUAAUUGACCCUUUUCAACCUGAAUUAAACAUGGUCAACGGUAAGGUGAGAAGGAUAUAUGUAGACUACCGUAUUUUUCGCUCUAUAACACGCACCUGACCAUAACACGCACAUAGUUUUUAGAGGAGGAAAACAAGAAAAAAAUAUUCUAAACGAAACAGUGGAUGUAUGAUUUUUGUGGUUCAUGCUGUGGCCACAGACAUGUGAUCUGACAGUGAGUUUGGAGUAGCCCAAUGCAAAAAUCCUGAGGAUCCAUGUGGAUCCGUGCUUUGUAACCACAUUUUUGCACCACUGCGGCCCCAGGCAACAGUGGGUACAUGAUUUUUUUGGUGCAAGCUGUAGUCAUGGACAUGCUAUGUGAUCUGAUGGUGAAUUUGGGGUGACCCAGUGCAAAAAUCCUGAGGAUCCAUGUGGAUCUGUGCUUUGUAACCACGUUUUAAGUGGGGAGGGAAGGAAAAGCACUCAAGGGACAAGGAACACGUGUGGGGUGGGUGGAGAAGGAUGCUGUUAAUAAUGCAGAAGAGGGGUAUAAUAGGAGAAGGCUCCUCUCCUCUCCCGCUUUGCUCCUUUAAAGGAAGCAGGCUCUCUGUCCCUCUCUCCUCCCCACUCAGCGGCUCUUCUCCUGCUUUGCUGUUUCAAAGCGAGCCACAGAGGAGGGAAGGAAGGGGAACCAUGGAUCCUCUGCUCACGACUGCAGCAGAUCCCCCCGCCAUCCGUAGGCAUUCGCUCCAUAACACACACAGACAUUUCCCCUUACUUUCUAGGAGGAAAAAAGUGAGUGUUAUGGUGCAAAAAAUACGCUACUUAGUCUCCUUUUGCCCCCUCUCCUUGCCGCCUGUCCAUAAGCAUCUCCUUUUCCAGCCCUGGGUCACUCCAGGUAGGUCCACCCAGGGCAAUCCAGGGCUGUCAAGACCCAGUCCAGACACAUUCCAGAAUGGCCAAAAACUGUCUGAUUUGGUUUGGGAUCUGAGAUUUGUCCAAGACAGAUAGAUGGCCUUAAUGUCACACUUCGAGGCUCCCUUCUGGACAGGGAGAAACACUCAGAGGGAGGGUACAGCACAGGUCUGGCAAAGGGUGUGGCCUGGAGAGAAGUGGUUAUGGCUAUGGGAACAUCCUGAGGGCCUCAUAGAUAGCCCUGGAGGGCCACAUUCCAGCAGAAUGUUCAAGAUGCAGGAGAACAAAAGGUACACAGCACAUAGUUAAACUGCGGAACUCCCUCCCUCAGGAGGAAACGAUGGCCAAUAACUUGGAUGACUUUAAAAGACGAUUAGACAAAUUCAUAGAGGAGGAGAGAGUUAUCAAUGGAUACUAGCAUGGGGGCUAUGCUCUGUCUCUGCAGUUAGAGACAGCAAUGCGUCUGAAUGCCAGUUGCUGGAAACUGCAGGAAGGGAGAAGGCUCUUGUGGUCAGGUCCAUAGCUGUCAACUUUUCCCUUUUCUUGCCAGGAAUUCUAUUCGGAAUAAAGGAAUUUCCCUUAAAAAAAGGGAAACGUUGACAGCUAUGGUCAGGUCCUGUUUGCAGGUUCUCCACUGGCAUCUGGCUUUCCACCGUAAGAACAGUUAUGGGUCAUUGGCUUGAUCCAGCAGAGCUCUUCUUAUAAAGGUUUAUUGUAAUAGCAGAACCUCUGUGUCUAGGGAGAGUAUACCUCUGAAUACAAGGUAAUUGGAGAAUACUCUUGCACUCUGAUCCUACUUCCAUUUGGAGCAUCUGGUUGGCAACUGUGAGAACAGGGUGCUGGAGUGGUUGGGCUCACUUUGGCCUGAUCCUGCAGGGCCCUUCUUAUUCCUGAGGCUUCCUAUGCCUGAGGCAGGGCAUGGGAACCAAGAGUGUUCUGGGAAAGUCUUCUUGUGAAAAGUGGUGCAGAGUAAGAUGGAAGGUAGGGCAGAGACUCUUGAUGGGGCAGAAGACCCUGAGGAGGUAGGGCUGGAGGAGCAAAUGUCACAGAUUCUGUAUUGGGCAGUUUCCAAUAUUCCCAUGAUGCAAAUCACUGGUCCUUAUAGCUCUAUAUUGCCAACACUGAUUCCAGUGGCUGGAAGCUAGAAUCCAGUGACAUCUGGAGGGCUGCAGGUAUGUCCCCCCUCCCUGAUCCACACUGACCUGUCUAAAUACAGGUGUGAUGUCCACCUAUGCCAUGUGCAUCCGCUAUGAUGGAAUUGAAGUGGACGACAUGUACUGUGAUGCAAUGACCCGCCCUGAGCCAGUCCAUGAAUUCUGUGCAGGAAGGGAAUGCCAACCAAGGUAAGAUUAUGAUGUCAGGUGAUUGACAGGUUGGUGGCCUCUCACCUUGUUGUUAAAGGCACCUAACUCCCUUGCUGCCUUGAUGCUUCGUCUGCUGGGUCUAUCCACCUAGAAUUGUGAGUUCAGUGUUAUGGGUCUUAUUCUGUGGAACCCCCUUCCUAGUUUCUCCUAGCUUCUGUUCACUCUUUUAGAUCAGGAGAGCCUUAUUUUUUUUGUUUAAAAAAAUGCAAUGGGUUUUGGCUCAAUUACUUGACUGCAACAAAUUCCAGAAAGCAGAAAUUUAAAAAGCGGAAUGAGGUCAGAUGAUGAUGAUGAUGAUUGAUUACACUGCCUUUACCCUAAAGUAAAGGGUAUUUGUACCCUAUCCUUUAGCCAAAAGGGCUCCCUGGAACAGCUUACAUAUGGUCAAUUAAGACAAGACAGUCCAUACCUGCAGGCUUACAAUCACAACAACAACAACACACACACACACACACACACACACACACAGGGGGGGGGGAGAGACAAGGAGGGAAAGGGAAAACCAAAACCAAUUUCUCAGGCACCAAUUUCUAAACCAAUUUCUGUGGGAAAGGAGUUCCACAGCUUGGAACUGCCACAGAGAAUGCCCUCUCCAUGGCUGCCAACCCCCAAAAGAUUCUGAGGGCAGAGGGACUACCAAGGGGGCCCCCUCUGCUGAUCUUGGCUCCUGAGGGGUCUGUAGGGACAUUUAGGCACCAGGCAGCUGUGAGCACAUUUCCUUUCUUGAGGUUUGCCCCCAUCACCUCCUUCUAUCCUGAAAUGCCCCAUUCCCUCCAACACAGGUGGGAGACAAGUAGCUGGAGUGAGUGCUCCAGGACCUGCGGUGAAGGCUACCAGUUCCGCAUUGUCCGAUGCUGGAAGAUGAUCUCGCCUGGGUUCGACAGUUCCGUCUACAGCGACGUGUGUGAAUCUGCUGACAUCACCCGUCCAGAAGAGAGGAAGAUCUGCAAAAACCCAGCCUGCGGGCCACAGUGGGAGAUGUCUGAGUGGUCAGAGGUAAAUCUGCAGAAGGGAUAUGUUUUUGACAGGGAAGGAUUUAGGCUUGGAGUUAGCUGACCUUAGGAAUGGCCGAAUCUGUCCAUUAUCUUUCCAAUCCUAAUUUCAUUUUGUCCUAUUUCCACGCAUCUUUUCAAGAGUGUUUUAUUUUUUAAAAUAAAAGUCCUCUUGAAAAUUCGUAAGCAUUUUAGGGCCCGCUUCUCCUUAUAGUAAUUUUUGGAAACAUUUCUGUAUGUUUGUUUCAUUGAUAUAUGCUUUUGGGGAACACACUUUACCCUGAUAUAUAUGCAUCUUGUACACAUUUUGGGAUUUGUUUGCUUUGAGGAAUUGUGCAGCAAAAUUCAGAGAAGACUGAACUCCAGAGGGUAAUUUUGUAGCCUGUGCUCUGUGGCCCUUUUGGCAGGCACAAAAGGGGCAUCUAUGGAAGCAGAGCCCCUCCUGCUGGUGGAGAACCACCAACUGCCCAGCACCCUAAAUCUUCCCAGCGGCAGAAAUCGUAUGUCAGGAUUGCUCUGUAAAACAAACAAGUGGACUAGACAGGCCAUUGGCCUGAUUUAGAAGGUUCUCCUUAGCUCUGCCUGAACACCACAGAAUUAUUGUGUCACCUGUGCAGUGGGGUGGGUGCAACAAACGCCCCCCCCCCCCCAGGCGAGACUUGUAUUGCCUUUUCUCCUGCAUGCACACUCCUGAAGGCUGAAUAAGAGCAUCUUGGGGCAACCGGUCUGCUGGAUAGAGAGCACUUGGCAUGCCAAGAUCGCCCUCCUUCGUCCCCGAGAGAGAGCUUGGAUAUGGUUCUGGUUCAUACUUGAAAUUCCCCUUCCAUACUGAGUGCCAGCGGUAAAUGCUUGGCUGCCAGCCCUUCCCACUGAAAUCCUGCUGUGUUCUUUGCUUUUAUAGGAUGUUUUUUAUUCCUCCCCCCCUCCCACCACCACCCCACAAAAGAAACACACAUCCACCCACACUCUGGUAUAAAAAAAAACGGAUUGCUUCUCCCCAUGCUGAACUGAGCGAUUUAAAAAGAGAGAGUCUUGAUUGUGUUAAGCUACCUAUUUUAUGCAUUUUGGUAGGUGUCAAGCCGAGAUCAUUGGAGCGCAGGGGUCCUUCCUCCAGCCAAAAAAGCAACACUAAUUUAAUUUUGAUCCAGCAGGCGAAGUUCAAGCCAAGCCAGCUUCAGACCUUGGCUUCCUUUUUCCCGUCCAAAAAAAAUAAUGAGCAGCAUCCCUUACCACCCCGUACCACCCCCCAAGUCCCAAGUCCCAAAGAGAUAAGUGGAUUACUGUAUCAGGAGUGCUGGGUGCUGAUUGCCACGCUCUGCUGUUGUCAUCACUUCUGUCACAGUAUAAAUAUGCACCAGACAGACUCGCAUAAUGCAACACCUGUGUGAUUGCAACCCCACUCUGCAUAAUACUGGUGGGUUUGACUCACCUGUGUCAUUUGAGACAGGACUUGGGGCUCAGCGGCUGCAUUCAUGUGCUGGAUGGAGAUGUUACAUUGAAGAUCAAACUGGGAAUGCAGGGGCACUUAGGCCAAACUCCAAAUGUGUCCCCAGGCCUCUCUGUCUAGCCCUUGUGACACUCAUAGGCCACAGCUCCUCUUCCCAGGCCACACCUUCACAAACCCUUUGCUUUACACACCCUGGUUUUUUGCCUAGCUGGAAUGUGUAAUUGAACUCUGAUAAUUCCUCUUGCUUCUCUGGAUGUGGGGUAGAGAGGUUUGUUUGUGAAGGCUAAUUUACUGUACAGGUAAAACUGCACCCACUCUAGCCCCCAUCCAGGGAAGCAAGAGGUAAUAACAGAGUUAAUACCUGCCCUGUUGGAGGCAGAAUACACAGUGCUUUUUUUUCUGGAGGUAUGCAGGGGUACACAUACCCCUAAACAUUUUGUGAAUCUUUGUACUUUUGCCCAUUUACUGUAUUUAUUUCCCCCGAUUUGAACUAUAAAAUGGUGAUUUUCUUGAGUCAAAAUGAGAGUACCCAUAAACAUAUUUUUAAAGAAAAAAAGCACUGAGUAGACCUAUGAGUGCCAGUUUCUGGGAAUCACGGGGGGGGGGGGGAGUUGUGCUGUUGUGCUCAGGUGCUACUUUGGGGCUUUCCAUUGCAGUAUGUAGUUGGUCACCAUGGGAACAGGGUGCUGGAGUAAGAUGGGCCUCCUUCGGCCUGUUCCAGCAGGCUCUUCGUGACUUUUUAUGUUCUUACAUGUCAUACCCUGCAAAUGUCCCGGAAAAAACAGGGACAUCCCUUUUUUUUUUCUUGUGAGAGAAUGGUUCUCCCCCUCUCAAAAGUGCUUUCACGCCACAAUUCUUCCCCUCUCAAAAGUGCUUUCACGCAGCACACAUUUUGGUGUGCCAUGUCUGGAAAAAGUGCUUUUUGGGUUGGAAAUUGUGGUGCAAAAUCACACAAGAUCAUGGCUCCCAAAAUGGUCACUAUGCUCUCACAAGAAAAAAACAGGAAGAUGUUGUCCAGGAAUUUGCUGUUGUGCCAUUGGAGAAUAUGACAUGUUUAGUUCAAGGGUAUAUUCCAGAUAGGCAGAAAGGAGAGCUACUGAAGGGUGUGGCCUGAAAAGAGAGGGUGUGACUUGAGGAGAGUUCUGAGGGCCAGAGAAAAAGGUCUGCAGGGCCAUUUUGCUCCCACCCCGGAACCUGAGCUUCCCCACUUCUUCCUUAUGGAAAUCUUCAUGUCAGUUCUUGGUCAGGCCUGACUCCUGGGGUGCUCCCUGUCUCUGUCAGAAACACAAGCUCUUUGGUCAGAUUCUUGCCAUCUCAAUCACUUCCUGUUCCCUUUCUCCCUUCCCCCAGUGUACAGCCAAGUGCGGUGAGAGGAGUAUUGUCAGCAGAGACAUCCGGUGUUCAGAAGAAGAGAGGCUGUGUGAUGCUAGCACCAAGCCCCUGGCGGAGAAGAAUUGCAGUGGUGCCCCCUGUGACAGACAGUGGACCGUCUCUGACUGGGGACCGGUGAGUUCACAAGGGUAUGUGGGGAGGGAACCAUCUGCAAAUGGAGGCAGGGGAGUUGGGGGAGAACCAGCUAUAAAUGAGAAACAAAGUAGGGCGUGUUGUGUGUGUUUGCAGCUGGCUAGUCUAUCUGGCUAAGGAUUUUGCUCAUGAAACUCAUAAGCAAGGCAGGGAGGCAGCUGCACUCUCUGACUGAUUGAACCCAAUGUCUGCUAUCUACAGAUAUACUGCAUUUGUACAUGGUGGUUCCACUCAUUUAGCUAUGUUAAUAGUCACUACGAUCUUUGAGAAUUCUUGGAGAACAGGUGAGGUCCCUGCAGACUGGAGGCAGGCAAAUGUUGUCUCCAUCUUCAAAAAGAGGAAAAAGAAGACCCAGGAAACUACCAACCAGUGAGCUUGACAUCAAUACCAGGAAAGGUCCUUGAGCAGAUAAUUAAACAGUUGGUCUGUGAGCACCUAGAAAAAGUUGUUGUGAUUACAAAGACCCAGCAUGGGUUUCUGAAAAACAAGUCAUGCCAGGUCAAUCUCAUUUCUUUUUCAAUAGAGUUAAAAGCUUGGUGAAGGCUGUGGAGAGAAGAUGAAGAGGUAACAGGAUUUAGUGAGCAGGGAGUCCCUGGCACAGAGAAGUCCAGAAUCAGAAUCAGAGGCAGGAGAGGAGGGAGGCCAGGAGGCAGAGAUGAGUCAGGCUGGUGAAGAUGCGAGGGUGUUUCCCCUUCUUGCUGCGACAAGCUCCCUUCCCCCUCGUCUCCCAGGACAAAACGAAGUAUGAAGAGGGAGGAACAGAGACAGGCAUGUCAGUGUAGUCUCAGGUUGCUUGGGAAGUACCCAGGGGAGGAGGAGAUCUAUUGAGAAGAGUUGCUGUGUUCAUUAGGCCUGGCGCUCUUGAGCAGACCUUAUUUCUUCUAAUAAAGAGUUAACAUCACUUACUCUGUGUGAUUUAUUCCCACCAAUUCCUGACACCUUUCCAACUCUACAGUUCUAUUAUUCUAUAGGUUGGUGGCCAUCACCACCUCCUGCGGGAGCGAGUUCCAUAGUUUAACUCUGCUCUGGGUGAAGAGGGAGUUACUUUUAUCUGUCCUGAAUAUUCCAACAUUGGACAUCCACGAGUCCUAGUGUUAUGAGAGAGGGAGAAAAGCGUCUUUCGUUCCAAUUAUUUGCCUGGAGUCAGGUGGCUGUUUAAAGCCCUAUGCAAAAUCCUCACAGCUCUGGGUGGCUGCUCUGUGCAAUUACGAGAGAAGACCGGCGUGAGCCAGAGGACCCUGAAGGCUCCUUUUUUGGGUUAGCGUCUGAAUUACCCAUGUCUGUGGUGUCUGUUUUUGCCAUCUGAAAGCUAUCGGUUAAGCCAAGCUGGCACAGUUUCCCACAGUGUGGGGAUUAAAUUGCAUUUGUUAGCUGUAUGCUUGGCAGACACUCCUUGGCUUCCAGUAAAAAAGCAUGUCUCCAGCUGUAAGCACAAGUCCAGCUGCAGACAACUCCUCACCCCUGUCUCCUAUAAGGCAGCCAUCAGUCCCUGCCAGUUCGGCCGGUCUGAUGCUGAGGCUAAUGAGAGAAUGUCUGUGCUGCCCUGGGACUGAUGGGAGUUGUAGUCCGAAACAUCUAGAGGGCACUGAAUGGAGAAGCCUGCUUCAAUGCAGGUUGAAGAACAUGAAACUUGUAAUUUUCUCUGCUCCUGGACUCAGUUCAGGUGGCAGAGAGAAAUCAUAGAUUCCAUGCUCCUAAGCAAUGCUGUAUGAUCCUGGGGCUGAUAGGAGUUGUAGUUUUAAACAUCUGGAAGGCAUGAGGUUGGGAAAGGUUGUCCUACUUCCUUGAGGGGACAGAAGAACAGGUGGCUGUUCCUCCCCUGCUCUAGAAGCCUCUGAAGCAGAGAUGGAAACAAUUUCAUAAUUGUUUUUAUGACACUGUGAGUGUGUGAGUGUAUGUGUACUGCAGUUUUUAAAGAUGAGGCUGGCGGGUGGGUGCAGGAAACAUUUUGUAAAAGUUUUGGCUAAUGUCCACCUUUCCCCCCCCCCCCCCCUCAGAAUUUUCCCUGAUAGGAUGCAUUGCCAAAUCCUGUUUUCAGUAUCAUGCAAUUUAUGUACACUUUACCCUAAUUUUUGCAAGUGAUUUCCCCUCUUAUAAUACUUUUUUUUUUGGUGAUACUUUUACAAAUAGAUGCAUUUUUACACACACUUUCCCUGAUGCACUUUUUUCUUCUUCCAAGGAGUAUCCGCUAUCACAUUUUGGCUGUGAUGUUUUCACAAAUAGAUCCAUAUUUAUGGACACUCUUGCCUUAUGCACACAUUUUUGUAAAACUUCUAGCUUAGAGAGCUGAACUGCAAAAUUCAGAGAACUGAAAAUUUCAGAGGGUAGCUGUGUUUGUGUUUUAUGCUUUAUUUUAGGAAGCUGUUAAUGAGUUAGGCUUACAUUAUAAUGAAAAAGGGACUAGAUUGCUUCCCUAUCCAUUGUCCAAAGUAAUUCAUAGGGUUGCAUCCAGAGUAAUGCUGAGCAACAGAUCAGAUUGCUGCGAGGGUUUCUGCUUGUGCAAUGGGACUUCCCCCUUCUCCUCCUGCUCUCAUACCCUCUAAUGGUUUGGAUGCAUGCAGCAGGGAGAAGAGAGGCGGAUGUCCUGAGGUGCAAGCUGAAGGGCCAUAGCUCAGUGGUAGAGUAUUUGCCUUGCAUACAGAAGGUCCCAGGUUCAUCUCCAGGUGGUAUCUGCAGGUAGGGCUGGGAAUGUCUGCCGUUUGCUGCAGUGCUGCUGCCAAACAGUGUGGACAAUACUGGACUAGAUGCAUUUAGUGUAAGGCAGAUUCCUGUGUUCCAGUAGUGCUCGUGCUGACUAGAUGUGUUUGUUGGAGACUACCCUGAACCUCCAUUCCUGCUUAGGAACAUCAGAGGUGGCUUUGCUGAGUCAGUUUACCAAGUGUUACAUGCACAUGCAGUCCAGCAGGCCCGAAGUGGCCUUCCAGAAACAGGUCUGGGGUCUACUAGUAGAAUAAUCUACCUUCUCGAAUCAAAGCUUGCAAUGAACUGAAUUCAUGGCCCAAAGCAUCCUGUCCUAUCAUUCCAUCCACAUUUGGAAAUGGGGCAGGAUUACGACCUUGAGGAAGCAUCCAAACUUUGUCUCAAAGAUGACAUGCAUUUUUAAAAACCCAAGCUGGUCUAGAACGCAAUUGUUUUAGGCUUUGUCUUUUAAGUGAAAUAAUCUAUGUCACGUGGACUGCCUUCUUGGCUUAUUCCCCACCCCGCCAUUUUCAAUUCAGUGGCAGUGCCUAAAAAUAAGCCGUUUCCAUGGUGAUGGCUGGCAACUGUGAGGAGCUUGUCUCCCAAAAGGAGACCCACAAAGGAACUCUGGGGUUUGUAAAUAUCAGCCAAGGCAAUGCCCCUCCAUGCCUCCCUCUUUUUUUUUGUAAGCAAAGGGAAUGUAUUUGCAGACAUUUGCAUUUUAAAUGGGGGCUGGGGAGAUCUUUCUGUCAGAGACCCUGAACUGGUUUGAAUUAACAGGCUGGCUUGAUGGUUAGGGAAAAGGUCAGGAUCUACUGGGAUUGUUCUCCUGUGUGAUUGCUCCCUGAAAAUGAGAAUAUGCCUAGGGUAUGGCUGUAGCUCAGCGCUAGAGCACCUGUUUAGCAUGCAGAAGGUCCUAGGUUCAAUCCAGGUAGGGCUGGGAAUGUGGAGCUUGAUGGCCUGACUCAGCAGAGGGAUGAUUCUUGCAUUCCUAUUUAAUUCAGCCCUUUCUUCAUAAUGACGAGGACUAGAAUCUUGCUUUAGGUUAAGUGGCACAGCUUAUUGACAUAGCGUCUGCUUUGCAUGCAAGCAGCUUAGAAGAAAGAAACAGGGGUGCAUUUCAAACAAACACCACAAAAACUAUUUCAUAAUAACACAGCAGCAUAAUAGCAUAGUAACAAUUUCAUAAUAACAUAGCAAAACAAAAUUAUAAUAACAUACAAAAACAUGUUUCAAUACUAAAAAUAUAACAAGAUUGCUCAAACAGAAUGCAGCAUCCAGUGGCCAAAAUAACAAGGGAGCUUCACAGUUUCACCUCAGUCUUAGAAACAACCAUCCCAUGACCCUUUUAAUGUGGAAGGAGAGAUUGGUACAUUAUUUGGGGUGGGUGGGUAUUAUCUGAGGUUAGUAGUCAAUUCAGCCAAAGGGGCUGAAGUGCCAUUGAGUGGAUGUUAUGCAAAUGCACAUUUGUGUUUAUUACCUUCUUGUCUGUUUAUCUUCCAGUGCAGUGGAGGCUGUGGACAGGGGCGGAUGAUCCGGCACGUCUACUGCAAAACCAGUGAUGGCCGUGUGGUGCCAGAAUCCCAGUGCAACUUGGAGACCAAGCCACUGGCAAUCCACCCCUGUGGGGACAAGAACUGCCCUGCUCACUGGCUCACCCAGGACUGGGAGAGGGUAAGGGAGCCUUUGAGUUUGCUCAAAGAGCAGCAUGGUCUACUCUCUAGGCCUAGGGGGCAGGGGAAACCUUUUUAUUCCUGCCCAAGGACUGCAUUCCUUUCUGGUCAACCUUCUGGUGGGUGGGGGUGGGUGGGUACCUGCCAAUGGUGGGAGGAGUCAAAAGUCAAGAAGCAGGUGGAGCACUGAAUGCAUUUUUUGUGUGUCUUUGUAUACUUAACUAUAGAGUUUACCAGGUCAGGAGCAUCACAGACCCUGAGAAUUCAGGGCCCAAACCAGAGACCUAGGGAUGGGUCCUAGAGAUAGGAGAGAGAAGCAGGGAAGGGCAGACCUCUCCAGAAUGUCUAUGCUAUAAUUUGCAGCCGCUCCUGCCAGGCUGAAGCUUGCAAGCUGCACACACAGUUAUUAUUAUUAUUAUUAUUAUUAUUAUUAUUAUUAUUAUUAAAGGCCCUCUUACCCACCUGUAGAUUCACGCCCUCCACCUGUCUCCUGGAGGGGCAGACCAACCUGUCAGACCUGGGAGUCUGGCAACCCUACUAGGCUAGUUUCUAGACACAUUCUUCUCUGUCCUCUAUCAAUGCAAGCAAGAGGCACUGUCAGGAUUCAAUGACACUUCUCGGCCUGGCAUUAGCACUCAAUAACAGUGUGAAGCAAGAGUGUGUGGCCUAGAGAGGAGCCAGAGGGCCAGAGGGAGGGGGCAGGAGGAUUGGAUUUGGCUCCCAUGCCUGGAUUUGGCUCCCUACCCCUCCUCUUACAGUUUCACUUUGGCUCUCACUCUUACCUUGACAGUGCAAUACCACAUGCGGCCGGGGGGUCAAGAAGCGAAUCGUCCUUUGCCUGGAGAUUGUCAAUGGGAAGCUCAAAACCCGCAACCCAACUGAAUGUGACGUCACCAAGAAGCCAGCUGAGGACACAACCUGCUUUGAACGGCCUUGUUUCAAGUGGUACACGACCCCUUGGUCAGAGGUGAGAAACGGGUGGGUGGGGAGGCAGAAAGUGGGUGAACCAUGCUGGAAGACGAAAUGGUCCUGUAGGGGACUGCGAUGGGACUGAGCACCCUACGAAUCCGAGCUCUGGACAGCUUCCAUUCUACCUCUGUUAAAAUGAGAAUCAGACCACACUACUUCACAGGGUUGUUGCGCCUGCAAAAUUAAAAAUACUUUCCCCUUUUGGAAAAUCGCAGUAUGAACAAGGGUCUGUAGUACUUGCAACUAGGAACACAAAAUAAAUGAAUGAGCAGCAGCAACUAAGAGCAUACGGAUAGAUAGGCCUGACAAGCAAGUGGGCAAUAGCUAUUAGGAGUGCAAUAUAAAUGAAGAGGAGUGAUUUCAUACCAGGUGAUUUCAUACUAGUUGACAGACCAGACAAUCAAGUGAAUAGUAACUACAGUGGUACCUCGGGUUACAGACGCUUCAGGUUAUAGACGCUUCAGGUUACAGACUCCGCUAACCCCGAAAUAGUACCUUGGGUUAAGAACUUUGCUUCAGGAUGAGAACAGAAAUUGGGCGGUGGAGGAGCAGCGGCAGCAGGAGGUCCCAUUAGCUAAAGUGGUGAUUCAGGUUAAGAACAGUUUCAGGUUAAGAACGGACCUCCAGAAUGAAUUAAGUUCUUAACCCGAGGUACCACUGUAUUAGGAGCACAAUGUAACCAACAGGGAAUCGUAGCAUGUAGAUUUCAUAUUGGUUGAGUGGCCUAACAGUCAUCCGAUUCUAGGACUGUCCACAAACAUAACCAAAUGUUAGGUUGUUUAUCACUAAUGGGUAAACUGCUUUCACACUGGCAGGCCUAAUUAAUUGCUUCUCUGGCCUUCUGACGUCCAGACACCAUGCACUCCAUCACUGCCCUCCCCCUUCCUUGGCUCAGCGGUGAAAAGGAAAGUCUCCCUGUGCUCCACUUUCCUCCCUCCUUCUCCUCCAAAAAAAGCACAGCCAGUUCCGAUUACAUCUUGGCAGGCCGUGUCCUGCCCGGAGCCACUACAGCGGCGGACGGCAGUUCGCCUUGGCUGCGGCAACGACAGCAACUGGGCUCUAAUCAGUCCCUGGCAACCGCCUGUGCUGAAGUCUCCACUGGCUGAGCGGCUGCAGGCCUCUGCCUGGUGAGAGCCAGGGGGAAAGAGUUCAUUCUGCACUCUGCUCCUCUAAAGGGAAUUUGUGCUUCUGCGAUGGCUGCCGGGCAUUCUCGGAUAACAUCGGGGAUCGGCCCAAUAGCCGCUGGAAUGCUGCAGAGCUUUCGGAUUCCUGGAGGUGGAGUUAAUUAGGCUCCCCAAACAUUCUCUCCCCCCCAAAAAAAACCCUCUUCUGCAGUCCCCCCCCCCCCCAAAUAUGGGUUGCAUCCAACUCAGUUUUAGGCCACAAUCACACCACAGAUUUUAAAGCAAUAUCACCUCACUACUACCAACCCAUGCCCAUCGGGGAGCAGAGUGAAGGACAGCCAGGCUGUCUGUAGCAUUGCAGGGGGCUGGACAAAUUGACCCCGGGGUUCCUUCAAAUGCCACGAUUCUGUGAAGCAGGUAUACUCCAAGGCACUAUGCAUUUAAAGCACUGUGAUACCACUUUAAACAUCUAUGAGUCUCCCACAAAGAAUCCUCAGAGAUUUAGUUUGUUAAGUGGUAUGAUACUGCUUUAAAUGUAUGGUACGGAUGCGGCCUUAGGUAGAGCCGACGACUUGCAAUCAACAUCCCUAUGUCAAUCAUGUCCAUUAAUUUCAGUGGGCCUACUCUGAGCAGAUACUUCUCAAAAGGUUUAAUCUUAGUCCUGAAACUGCUUGUUGUAACAAACGAACCUCCCCUCUUUUCCUUGCCCACAGUGUACAAAAACUUGUGGCAUUGGCGUGAGGAUGCGAGAUGUCAAGUGUUACCAGGGGAAGGAUCUCGUCCGGGGCUGUGACCCUCUCGUGAAGCCUGUUGGGAAACAGACGUGCGAUCUUCAGCCUUGUCCAACUGAACCACCAGGUCAGGGGGAGAUGGGUGUAGGGCUGCCGGACUUCCGGGUCUGACCUGAAGUCUCCAGGCUUGCCUUCCCCCUCCAGGUGGCAGGGGGCGGGGCUUGAAUCUCUAGGUGGGCAAGAGUGCCUUUUGACUGGCAGUGAAUUGCUAGGGUUUCUGUCAGGAGUCUUUUCCCAGCUUUAGCUGGAGAUGCCAAGGUUCAAACCUAGGACCUUCUGCAAGUAAAGCACUUACCCUACCCUGUUCCUCUUUGAAAUUCCUCAGAGAAUUCCUUGGAGCACCUCCAAAAAUUAAUGUCUGUGGCUGACCUGGGAAAACUGGCUCACUGUAUUGAAAGUGAAGUUGUUUGGAGUUCUCUAGACGGGUGAUGAUUCCCACUUGCUUUCCUCCAUGCCACACCUGACCCCACUCACCUGUCUCUUGCAGAUGACAGCUGCCAGGACCAAGCGGGGACCAACUGUGCUCUGGCCAUCAAGGUGAACCUCUGCAGCCACUGGUAUUACAGCAAAGCUUGUUGCAGGUCCUGCCGAGCUCCCCAUUCCUAA